AUGGCGAUCUCAGUUCUCACUCCUGAUGGCGGGAACCUUACAGUAACUGAAAGCGCAGCACAUGCCGCUGCGCUGAAGAAGAAAAUAGUCGCUAUAGUGUUUCUAUUUAUACUUUCAUUAGUUACGUUUGUCUGUCAGACUGAGUUCACGUCUGCUGCAUAUAAAUAUGGAUUCGAAGAACCAAUAUUCCUACUUCUAGUCACACAUGGCCUGUGGUGGACUCUCUGGCCGUUGCAGAUCAUAAUUAUCUCGGUUUGGAGAACCAUUGAUAAGUAUAAUAGAGAUCAAGACUUGGUAAAGCAGAAAGAACAUUCAACAACGGCUACGGCAGGAACAAAUGGAGGGGCUGCCCGUUACCAAAGAUUGGACUCCCACUCUCAACUCUUGGAAGACCAGCAAAAUGAAUUGCCAGUCCAUGCUUCUCCCCCUCCAACCAAUUAUUAUUCAUAUUUUAAAAGGUGUAUCGUCAAACAAUUGCAUAACGUGUACCACACCUCUAUACUUAUCUUUGAAGCAAAUGUCAAUGGUGAUGUUCGUACUGAAAACCUUAACUUGUUAAUAGACCAAAACCCUCGUAUCUCCAAUUCAGACUCGGUAGUUGAUUGUGUCAGGCUGUUAUGGGAUACACCAUCGUUUCAGUAUAUUUUCAUUCAUGGAUUUUUAAUUACUUUGGUCUUGACAGUUGCUGGGAUCACCUGGUAUGCUGCUAUGUCCAUGACAUACGCUUCUGAUGUUACCGCCAUAUACAACUGUUCAGCCUUCACUGCCUAUGCAUUUGCAAUUCCUAUUUUAAAGGAGCACUUUCUGUGGUUGAAAGUGAGUUCAGUGAUAAUUGCCAUUACCGGUGUCUUCAUCGUCGCUUACUCAGACGAUGGCACCUCAACUGCACCAGGUGGGCAAGAUGAACCAGCAGAAUAUCCCUAUAGAUUCUGGGGAAACUUGAUCAUUUUGAUUGGUGCAGUCAUGUAUGGUUACUAUGAAGUUUUAUACAAAAAGUAUUUAUGUAUUGGUCCACAUAUCGCCAAAGCUAUCACACCACGUCGUCAAAUGACUUUCGCCAAUUUUGCCAUGGGGUUUUUGGGUUCGUUCACUGUCCUCGUAAUUGGAACUUCUGCUUUGGUCUGUGAGAUCACUGGGGCCCAUAGAUUUAAUUUAUUCAAUUAUGGAGACAAGACUGGAACGAUCUGGAAGUAUAUAAUUGGACUGAUUGUAUCCAACUUAUUGUUCAGUGGUCUGUUCUUGUCACUUAUGGCCUUGACACUGCCUGUUUUAUCAUCUGUAAGUAGUUUGUUGACUAUAUUUUUGAUAGGUAUUGUUGAGUGGGUACUUUUUGGAACUACCUUGAGUUUCCAACAAUUAUUGGGGGAUUUCUUCGUCAUUGUCGGGUUUGUGAUCUUAACUGUUGCCUCCUGGAAUGAGAUCAGCGAAGGUCACGAUAAUGAUGACGUUGAAGCAGUUAGUACCUACUCGAUGGCUAUGAGUUUUGAUGAGUGA